AUGACUCUCAAGAACUCAGCUUCUGACGGGAGCUCACUACGAAGAGAAAGCCAGAAAAAGGCGAUUGAUCUCUUCAACGGACAACAUAUUGUCUGGUGGAAUGAGGGCUGUGCGACUUGUAAGACACCUUCCGACAUCUGGUCUUGGAGCAUCAUUUCUCCACGGGUAGCAGAAGUGGCACGUAUGGUGGUCUCUGACGCAGCCUUCCGUGCCUUCCUCGCUUUCUGUGUGCUCCUCACCCCGAGGAACCAUGAAUAUCCCGACCUGCCUCCAGCCUUGACCAUGCCGCCUGGUGACGCUCCCCAUACGAUCAGCGAAGAUCCACGCGGACCAGGACCAGAGGUCCGCAUGGUCAUGCGGCGUUUCUACCGGGAAGCUCUCUUUGCCUUCGAGGCCGGUGACAAGGACAAGGCAUUCAACAUUGCGUACUGGCUCCUCUACCAAGCCGAGACCCCGGUAAUGGCGCGCGCGGGCGCCCGCCUCAUCCUCGCCGAGUCGCCCGAGUUCAGCGCAUACCACGCCCGGAACGCCCUCGAGCUGUACACCCAAGUCCGCGACCAAUACAGCGAGACGGGCCCGCCCAAGGAGCGGUCACUCCGCGCGGACGUCCAGUGCUUCGUCGAUAAGGCAGAGUACCUCGUCGAGAAGACCCGGGACACUCCGGACCUCCCGCCCCAGCAGCCGUCCGAGGAAGAACUCCACGCCUGA